CGCGGCUCGGCGUUCGGCUCUUCCCCUCCUGACUUACAAGGAAGAUCACAGUGGGCAAAGGCGAGCGUUGCAAGUGUUUUGCUUACGUCCGCCGAGGACUGGCUCAAGACAGCGCUGUCCUACUUUCGUGCCAUCGACGUACUAUCGCACUGGAGGAAUGGAUUAAAGAAGCGUCCACAUCCCCUUCGAUGCCGCAUCCUCUCAUAUCAUACAUUAUUUUUCGUUUUUCGUCCUGCUCUUCAGUAUGGCAUGAUUUGUGGGAUACCGUGACACGUUUACGACGUCAUCCUAAGCAGGGUCUCGGCUUGCAUCCUCCUGACCCUCGCUUUCCACUGACUCCCAGACAUAUGCUGUGGCAUCUUCUGGCCAUAACUUCAAGAACGCCGUGGCGACGGCACGCUUCUUGGAGGCCCCAAAAGAGAAAUACGAACUUGAAGUCUAAGCAUAGAUCUUCGGUCCUCCUCCUGCUCUCGCGUGCUAUUGCGCGUUAUAUGGUUCAGCGGUCCUGGCGACGGCGGCGAGCUGGAGGUGUUGAGAUGUUGGCACCCGCGUGGCUUGGCGACCCAUGUUUUGAAGUGAUUAGGAGAGACUUUUCUUACUCCAGACCUCCGAUGUCGUGAUUUGCUUGCUCAGAUCAGCGAUUGUCCCUCAAGUUUCGACGUCCGGGGGUAACUCUCGGAACCCAGGCCCAUCAACAACUACCCAGUGCGAAACGUUGGCCCUGGAGAAAGGGUCGAGAGUUCUUCGGGGCAUGCAUCGAAUACAGACAACGAUGUCGGAGGGCUGGGCCUUCCCGUUAUCCUUCUGCGCCUCAUUUUGACCUUCUCUUUCUCCGCCCAGGAUUGGUUCUUGCAGCGCCGGUUCAGUAUGGAACGCAACGUGGCCAUCAAGAAGGUUCUCGAUGACAACAACUUUACGGGCUUGUCCAUCAACAACGCUUCCACGCCCGACGAGAAGAAGGUGAUGUGGUCCGACUUGGUGCAGGGCAAGCCGGAGCUCGAGGACUCCCUGAGCACUAACGCGAAGCAGAUGAAGGCGGAAAUGUACACGACCAUGUUCAAGGACUCGACCGACCUGGACCACCCGUGCCGCAUCCCUGGCAGCGUGUACCUGAAGUGCUUGCAGGACAGCGUGAAGACCACCGAGAAGAACCGCUCCGCGAAGUGCCUGCCGCUCUUCGGCACCUUCGACGCGUGCCGCAGGGCGGGCAGCGGGGGGGGGGGCACGCGUGCACCCACCACCGGGCCGGCACAGGCCCAGCGCUGGGCCAGAUCUUGGUGCAUGUCCGUUCCCGGCCAGGCCGAGGGGUCACGAUAUUAGGGGGCCGCGAGGUCACGAUGCACCCAGACGUCCGGCGGGGCCCAAGCGGUGCGACGGCCACACCGUGCGGGGGGUCGGUGCGGGCUCGAGGUGACCGCGCAGUUUUGCGACUCGGGGCGCUCGCUCUCCGAGGAUGUCCUGGGCGGCUGGUGGCCGCCGAGGUCCCCAAGAUUGUGCGCGGGCUGCUCGUAGGAGUGGCCCUUCGCACGGGCGGCCGCUGGUGCCGCCACGCGGGGGCCCCCCUAUCGCUGAACGCGGCGCGACAGCGGCAUCCAGCGAUCGGGUUUGCCCCUCCCCCCUCCGCGCCCCCCAAUUCCGCGCACCGGAGGUCAUUCUUGCGUGCCACCGAGGACACGUGUGUACCUAUACGACCACCCUUGGGGGGAUAAGGAGGUUCGGUGGGGG